GACGCGGCCUACCUCAGCAAAGACAGAUGUAUGUACGUAAGAAUUUUACUCCUGAGCUUAACCCGCGGGGAGACGUAAUCCCGAAAAUAUUAUCAUUUUUUUCAUGAGGUUUUAUAUCCGAUUAUUUGGUCAGGAUUCAGAGAAUGGUAACUGGUAGUAAACAGGUCGGAGGUUGAGUACAAUUCUUAGAAUUCAGAAUAAUAACAACGUCCCUGUGACUGAAUGCGUGAGUGAAUGUAGGACGCUUAUCAACUAGCAUUGGGUUAAGCGAGUUGAACAUCAUUCUUCUCUGGGCAUUUAUGCCUGUUGUUUACUACCACGGGGUAGCUUGAACCUCUCUUAUUGAAUUUAAUUUUAGUAAUUUAUUAUACAAAUAUUUAUUAUUACUGAAUUGUACAUAUACAUCUAUAUAUAGAUUUAUUCAUUAUUAUACUUACACUCAAUUUAACAUCACGCGUUCAAAAAUGUUUCAAUUUCGCAAGGAUAACAUAUUUUUCGUGUGUAUGACAGUAGGAUUGGCUCUCGUUGCUUCUAAGUACCGUAACAACGUGCUGCGAAGCUUGAGGCAGUUCUGCCAGAACGUAUUCCUUUUUAAUAAAAAUUUAAGUAUCGAAGAUAGAAACUUUUACGUCGAGUCAGAUAAAGUGAUUUUGGUAAAAUCCCCUGAGAAAUGCGAUUACGCCUUGCAGCGUAUUCGUCAUGAAUUAUCAGACGGAGUGUUGGGAUUUGAUUGCGAAUGGGUCAAUGAUGAACGUGUUUCCUUGUUGCAAUUGGCUACUUCCAACGGACUGUGUGUCCUUUUCCGCCUCGACAAAAUCGGCUAUGUUCCCGGCAAGCUUAAGGAAUUGUUGUCGAACAAGCGCGUACUCAAGGUUGGAGUGGCACCCUUCGACGAUGGAAGGAAGUUGACCAGAGAUUUCGGCUGUCAUGUGUACGGAACUCUGGAUCUUAGAGAACAUGCCAGAAGACUAGGCAUUGCCAAUGCAACAGGAUUAGCCGCACUCUGCAAGGAGUAUUUGGGCAUAGAAAUGGACAAAAAUGCAGCAGUGAGACGCAGCAACUGGAACGCUGAUUCUCUCACUAAGGAACAAAUUAAUUAUGCCGCGUCCGAUGCAUUUGCCGCAGUCCUAAUUUAUCACCAAAUGCUGAACAGAGCCCAACAACAACGGUCUUUAUGGGGUAACUUUGUUAUAAAUCUAAAGAAUAUUUGGGAUCAGUCCAAUGAGGACAAACUGCUUAAUCUACCGCAGGGAGAGCUAGAUAUGAGGUUCAGGGCUAACCCAAACAACUUAAUUCAAAAAAAUAAUCAGGAAACUAAUAACACCAACUUGAAAAUCAAGAACAAAUCGACCGUAGUGACGAGAAACAAACCACUGUAUCAUAAUUGUUAUUUGCAAGCACCGGACGGUGAUACGUUGUGUACUUGUGAUCACAAAAAAGCGACAUGGUACGUUGAGAAGGGACUGGGAACCGUGGUGCAGGAGGAACCCUACACUGUAAGAUUAAAAUUCGAACCGUCCGGAAGAGCCCAGGGCGAAGUUGGACGAUAUUAUACGCAGGUCAAGAUAAACCGUUGCGUUGUUUGUGGAGCGACGGAUAAAUUCAUAAGAAAAAACGUCGUACCUAGAGAAUAUCGAAAAUACUUUCCUGUGGUCAUGAAGGAACAUCAGUCUCACGACGUAUUACUGCUUUGCCCGACUUGUCAUCAAAUUAGUAACAUGCAAGAUAUUCGCAUGCGAAAGCGAUUAGCUGAAAUGUGCGACGCCCCGUUAUCUGGACCAUCCAUAAGUGUAGAUGAUGCCUACCAAAGCCAUUGGAGAAGACUCCGUUCUGCUGUACGAGCUCUUCGGAAAGAGUCUAGUCUUCCCAAUCAGAGACGUCUGAUAUUGGAAUCACACGUUUCUGAACUAACUGGACAUAAGGAAAUAACGCCGCAGUUACUGGAUGAGCUUGAUCAGCAAAUAAAAGCAACGCAGCCCUCAGUAUCUGUGCAAACGGGUCGUACGCCACACGGGUUGAAGGUUGUAGAGCAUUUUGAAAGUCAACCUGGCGGUCUUGUCGAGUUGGAACAGCUUUGGAGAGAGCACUUUUUAUCAGCAAUGGAGCCAAAGUAUAUGCCCGAAUUGUGGUCAGUCUGCCACAAUCAGGAGCGUCUACUAAUCCGUCUACAGCAACGCAGGAUAGAACCACAAGAUGCGAAAUUGGCCGGGAUACUUGAAAACGACCAAAAGAUCAGCUGCCAUGCGUAAACGUGACAUUUCCUACGUAAAUAACCGAUUAUUUUUAGAAUAUAAUAUUCCCUGCGGUUA